GUUCGGUGACGGGGAUUCGAACCCGCGACCCGCAGAUUGCAAGUCGAGCGCUCUAACUACCUGGCCAUAUACCACAACUUAUUCUGUGAUGUAUUCUUGAUGCCAUAACUUUCUUCAGACUUAACCUUAGUCUUUACUAACGUUUGCUCAAGAGAAAAUGAUAAGUAUAAGCUCUAAUUUGACAAUUGAAGAUUCCCAAAAUGAGGAAAUGGCCAAAGGGAUGACUUCUAUGACAUAUUCCUGUUUUGCAGCCUUUGCCCUUGUAUGCUUGCUUUUGCAGUAUUUAGCACAACGCACCAAAUCUCAUAUAUCCUCAGCAAAUAAUAAAGAUUUUUUACGGUUCCAGAAAAAGUACUUCAUGGUUUAUUUCUUAGCUUUGUUUGGAGAUUGGCUUCAAGGGCCCUACGUCUAUAAGCUUUAUAGCCACUAUGGGUUUAUGGAAUCCCAGAUUGCAUUUUUGUAUGUGGUGGGGUUUGGUGCUAGCGUUUUGUUUGGAACUGGAACAGGAACUCUUGCUGACCGAUUUGGACGGAGGAAGAUGUGCAUUUGUUUUAGUAUCCUGUACUCUCUUUGCUGUUUGACAAAACUCUUUCCAAAUUAUUAUAUAUUAAUGUUUGGACGAAUUCUGGGUGGAAUUUCAACUUCUUUACUGUUUUCAACAUUUGAAGCCUGGUAUGUGUAUGAACAUGUACAGACUUAUGAUUUUCCUACUGAAUGGAUCUCGGUAACAUUCUCCAAGGCAACCUUCUGGAACAGCAUUCUUGCAAUCAGUGCUGGUGUUUUGGCUGAUAUGACUUCUGAAUGGCUAGCUUUUGGUCCUGUUUCCCCCUUUGUUGUUGCUAUUCCAUUUCUCCUCCUGAGUGGGGUACUUGUAGCACAAAUGUGGAAUGAGAACUUUGGGGACCAAUCAGCACAGUCAAUAAAAACUUGUAUGGAAGGCCUCCACUUGAUUUUUUUGAAGAACAAGAUUUUGUUAUUGGGGGUUGUUCAGUCAAUGUUUGAAAGUGUUAUGUAUAUUUUUGUAUUUCUCUGGACACCCAUUCUUGACCCUGGAAAGCCUCCUCUAGGGAUGGUUUUUUCAGUUUUUAUGGUUUGUAUAAUGAUUGGUUCAUUAUCUUACCAGCUGCUGUCUGCCAAAUAUAUGUCUUCUCAGAAAAUCCUUACUCUAGCCAUGUUCCUCUCCUUUUUUUCUAUGUGUCUGUGCAUUAUCUCAACAAAUCCCCAAGAGCCAAAGCUAAUGUUUUCUUUCAUUGCCUUUUUUUUACUGGAGAUUUCUGUGGGAUUAUACUUUCCAUCCAUGAGCUAUCUUAAAAGUCAAGUGAUUCCGGAGUCACAUCGUGCCAACAUUAUGAACUGGUUUCGAGUACCGAUGAACGUUAUUACUUGUUUUGUGCUUCUUUGGCUGCAUGCAGAAGAAAGUAAAGCUGGAAAUCAAAUCAUUUUUGUUAUGUGCUCUGUUAUGAUGUUUAUUGGUACACUUACAAUGUGGAAGUUAGAUGCCUUGUUAAAUAAAGAAGAAUUUCCAGGAGUUGAGAAAGCUAAUUCUGAAGAAGACAUUGAAUAAUUACUUACUUUCAGCUUAAUGAUUUUAAAUGUAUUCCCAUUCUGGACAAUUCAAGCAUCUAGUCUGUUUAUUACAUUGCAGUGUGCUAUGAUUUCAAACAGUCAUUUGAUCAUAUAUAUAUAUUGAAAUGUUAAAUGUUAUGGUAGAUUCUAUCUUUCUUGUUGACCAGUUAAGAGUUUUGAACAAAAGAACUAUGAAUAUAAAGAAUAAUCUAUAAACUACUCCCACAUACACAAGUUUUGUUUUGUUCUUUGACAGUGAAGAAAUUAUAAUAAUUGUUUACCUUGCAUGAAUUUCUUACCCCUAAAAUAUUCUAUAUGCACUUUUAGUGUGUUUGACAUGUGGUAUUUUUUAUAGUAAACCUAUAGUUGAAAAGCUUGUUUUACUGAUUUUACAGUGCAAAUUUAAUAUCUGUGAUACACAUAAAUAUUGAACAAGUUUAUGGUAUAGCACAGGAAGUCAAAGGUACAUUAUAUUAAUGAAAGUCCAUAAAAUAUAUAUUUACACCUAUUUUAGUAAAUACAAAGAUUAUUUUAAGAGUUGGUUUAAUACAGUGGAAUAUAUAGGUUCUGAAAAAAAAGUAUUUUUUUAUAGUAACCAUUUUGAUUUGUAGUUUAUGCAAAUUUUGUUGCAAUUAACAAAAGUGUGUUUGUACAAGUUAAAGUGGUUGACAUUUGAUUUAUUUAAAGUUAUAGAGAUGUUAUUUAUUAGUUUGUUAUUAUAUAGCUUUAAAGUUACUGUUUAAAGUACACCAGAUAGUUUUUAAUA